UGGCCUUCCACCAAGUAUGGCUAAUUGAUCAUUGGCUACUAUAAUUUUUUUUAUAGUCCCAUUGAAAUAGUAUAAAGUUCCAAAAUCCAAAUCACCAAACAACAAACAAAAAAAAAAGUUAAAAUUUGAACAUAUCAUCAUCAUCAUUACUUUCAUCACUACUUCAACACCCCCCCCACACUUUAAAAUUUUUUUCCAAACAAUUCCCUCUUCUUUUCUUAUACUCCUUCCACUUCCCUCUCCCCCCCUUUUUGUACCUUUUUCUUCUUCCUCCCCCUUGUUAUGUCUCAACUUCCCUUUACUCAACUCUCUCACCUAAAAUCUCUUUCUCUCUCUUUUUUAUUUGUAUUUCUCUCUCACUACACAAACCUCUUCAAAAGAAAAAAGGGAUUGUAGUUAUAGUUCUACUCAAUAUUGGUAUAAACAUAUACAUAUAUGCACAAAAGUAUUAUUAUGAUUCGUUAUCGUGAGAGCGAAUUUUGAAAUCGCAACAUUGAAAUUUCAGCACAAUGAGUAGGAGGAUUCUCAGGAGUUUUUACAUAUUCAUCCAAAUUUGUUGUCUUCUUAUAUGUUCAGGUUCAAAUGCUACACAUACAGGACAUAAUUCCAAGUCCAUUUCCAGUAACCAAAAGGACAUAACAACUCCAAUAACAACAGUUCCAACUGGAACUCCUCUCACCACUACUCCCACUAUAACUACUCCAGUAUUGAAUCCAACAAUCUCUGAUCCCGAUUCGACCUCUAGCGGUCCUUCCAAUCCGGUACUGACACCAUCUGUAACCAAUUCCCCAACAUAUUCAUCAGUCUCAAGCAGCUGGUGCGUGGCGAGUCAAGCUGCCUCACAAACAACCCUGCAAGUCGCUUUAGACUAUGCUUGUGGCUACGGUGGCGCUGAUUGCUCUGCCAUUCAGACUGGUGGCACUUGCUACAAUCCCAAUACGCUUCGCGCUCACGCGUCCUUUGCAUUCAAUAGUUACUAUCAGAAAAAUCCAAUUCCUAAUAGCUGCAAUUUUGCUGGUGCAGCUGUUACUACAAACACUGAUCCUAGUACUGGCUCAUGUCAAUAUCCAUCAACAAGCACAAGUGCAUCCAUUUUGAAUACGACGAAUUCAAGUGGUUCAACAGUAUUUGGCGCUGGGCCAAUUACGCCUACUACUUCAGCAGCUGUCUCACCAAAUAUCAUCCUGAAUAAUUACCAUCAUAUUUUUAUUUAUCUCGUGAUACUGCUAGCAGACUAUCAUAACAUCCUCUGAAGCCGAAUUUUUUCAUGGCAAUUGUGGAGUACAACAUACUGCUGCUCGAUUUACGACAGAGUUAACAGCAAUGGUGUGAUCAGUGAUGUCGAAUUGGUAACAAGUUGUUGCUUUUUUUCAAAUCAAUUUGCUGAAAUGACAUGUUGAUGUUGAUGAUGCUGGAUUUGUAGUGUAGCUACUUUGUUAGCUAGAAAUUAAGGUUUCUUAUAAGUUUUGUAAAAGCAUAUAGGACUAAUAAAUGUAGUUAUGUGGAUAAAAGAAUAUGAUACACAUUGCUUUUGUUUUGCUAAACCGGAGAAACAGUGACAGAGUCAGAAUUUUUAUUUUCUGAAUAAUUUUAAAUGUACGAAUAUAUUGAUAGGUUGCUUAGACAACAGAAUCUAACUUGGGAAAUUGUGUAAAAAGGAGGAAGUUUCCACUGA